AUGGGCAACGAGGCCAGCCUGGAGGGCGGCGCUGGCGACGGGCCGCUGCCGCCCGGGGGCUCCGGCCCCGGCCCCGGCGCAGGGAAGCCGCCUUCAGCACCGUCUGGUGGAGGACAGCUCCCGGCGUCAGGCGGGGCGCGGGUAACCGCCGAACCACCCGGUCCAGGCCCCGGGCCCGGUGGCGGCCCGGGCACCGUUUCCAGGAGACUGGACCCCAAGGAGCCCCUGGGUAGCCAGAGAGCAGCUUCCCCAACCCCAAAGCAGCCUUCUGUGCCUGCUCCCAGCCGUGAGAGCCCCCAGGAGACGAGGGCACAGGGCCCAGCAGGCCAGGAGGCUGAUGGCCCCCGCCGGACGCUGAAGGUAGACGGCAGGACGCAGAGAUCAGGGCGGUCCCCCUCUGUGUCACCGGACAGAGGCAGCACCCCCACAUCACCCUACUCCGUCCCCCAGAUCGCCCCCCUUCCCAGCAGCACGCUGUGUCCCAUAUGUAAGACCUCGGAUCUCACGUCAACCCCCAGCCAGCCAAACUUCAACACCUGCACCCAGUGUCACAACAAGGUCUGCAACCAGUGUGGGUUCAACCCCAACCCUCACCUCACCCAGGUAAUCAGCUCUGCGCCGGCUUCCUCCACCCCACCUGUCUUUCCAGGCCUCCCCGGUUCCCCUUUUCACCAGCUCUCUUUUCCUGGCCAUUUCCCUUGGCCAUCAGCUUCUGCAUCUUCCCAGGGCUUGUAUUCUGGCUCCCAGAUGUGGUAG